AUGAGACCCAGGACUUUCUUCGAAACACGAGGCGAGUUUGUGGGAGGGGAGGGCGCGACAGUCGAGCGCCACCUGGCCCUGCUGGGGGUUAGGGAUGCUUACCUGCUGCUCGUCCUAGUCCCCCUGGGCCAGCGUCACGUCCUGACCACCAUCCCCACGGGUCUGGCCCUGAACGAUGCGUUUGCCAAGCUGCUGGCCUCCCUGGCCGGCGUGGAGCGGGCCUACGACGCCAUCGGCGGCCUGGCCGGCUACCAGCUGCACCUGCUGGAGUCGUUGGUGCGCGACACGCUGGCGCGCGAGCAUCUGCACUGGCGCCUGCACGGUGGCGCGCCGCGCCCCACCACGCCCGUGGCCAUCAUGACCAGCGCGGCCAAGGGCAACGCGUGGCGCGUGGAGGCGCUGUGCGAGGCGCGUGGGUGGUGGGGCCGCGGGCGCGACGCCUUCCGCCUCUUCUCCCAGCCCCUGGUGCCCGUGCUGAGCGCGGCCGACGCGCGCUGGCUGCUGCCCGCGCCCCUGGCCCCGCUGAUGAAGCCGGGCGGGCACGGCGUCAUCUGGAAGCUCAUGCUGGACGAGGGCGUGUACGACUGGCUGCGCGGGCGGGGGCGUGCCGCCGCGGUGCUGCGCCAGAUCAGCAACCCCCUGGCGGGGACAGACGACACGGCGCUGGCGCUGGCGGGGCGGGGCCUGGCGCGGGGCAAGGCGUUCGGCUUCGCCUCCUGUGAGCGCGUGGUGGGCGCGGCGGAGGGCGUGAACGUCCUGGCCAGGUUCGCGGACGAGGGUGGGGAUGGCAGCGACGCCGCCCCCCCGCCGCGCUACGCGGUGACCAACGUGGAGUACACCGAGUUCGGGGCACGGGGCCUGGUCACCUCCUCGGCCAAGCGCGCGGCGGCGCCCGGGUCCACGGCCAUCCACCAGACGCCGGUGGGCUCGUUCUACGACCUCCAGCUCAACGCCGCCGAGCUGCUGGGCCGGUGCGGCUUUGACGUGCCCCAGGUAGGAACCGUGCCGGAGUACCUGGCCUCCGGCCCCGGCCUCAUCUUCCUGUACCACCCCGCGCUGGGCCCGCUGUGGUCCGUGGUCGCGCAGAAGCUGCGUGGCGGGCGCCUGGCCCCACGCGCCGAGCUGCAGCUGGAGGUGGCGGAGGCCGACGUCCAGGGGCUGGACCUGGAGGGCAGCCUGCUGGUGCUGGCCGACGACCCCUGCGACGGCGAGGCCGAGGUCGGCGGGGCGUGCGCGGAGAACCCAGACCGCCACCCGCGCCUGACCUUCAGCUCGCGCUGCGGCCGCCUGCGCCUGCGCGACUUGGCCGUGCGCAACGCCGGCGUGGACUACGCGGACCCGAGCAACGUGUACUGGCGCCACGCGGUCGCGCGCCACGCCGCCUGCCGCGUGCACCUGCACGGGCACGCCGAGCUGGACGCGGCCGGAGUCACGCUGGUGGGGGACCUGGACUUCCACGUGCCCGACGGCCACCGCCUGACCCUGCGCCCCGACGCCUCGCCGCGCGGCUGGAGUGCCGUGCUGGAGCCCAUCGCCGCGCCCUCCUGGAACUGGCGCUAUGCGCUGGGCGAGGACGGCACCGGCGUCGUGCUCAGCCUGGAGGAGGCGCCGGCGCGCUGGUGUGGCAGCGGCGGCCACGCCUGA